GUGGCUUCCGGCGGCUGGAGCCUGGGAGUCGGGGCGGCAGGGUCGAGGCGAGGCCGUGGCUGACAGGGGCUCCUCCCCCGACGGCGGCGGCUGGUGCCCAGGCGGACGGGCGGCCCCCAGCUCGGGGCCGCGAGAGGCGCCAGGGCAGCACCGGGGAAUGGACGAGGGGAAGAUGGACGAGAAUGAAUGGGGCUACCACGGUGAAGGCAACAAGAGCCUGGUGGUGGCCCACGCGCAGCGUUGUGUGGUGCUGCGUUUCCUGAAGUUCCCUCCAAGCAGGAAGAAGACGUCAGAAGAGAUCUUUGAGCACCUACAGAACAUAGUGGACUUCAGCAAGAACGUCAUGAGAGAGUUUUUGGGGGAGAGCUACGUCCAUUGUGGGGAAGUGGUGCAGCUGCCGUUAGAUUUCGUGAAGCAGCUCUGUGUGAAGAUCCAGUCCGAGAGACCAGAAUCUCGCUGUGACAAGGACCUGGACACUCUGAGUGGUUAUGCCCUGUGCCUUCCCAACCUAGCCCGACUUCAGACCUACUGUUUUGCAGAGCACCGGCCGAUUCUGUGUGUGGAGAUCAAGCCAAAAUGUGGGUUUAUUCCUUUCUCAAGUGAUGUUAUGCACGAGGUGAAGCACAAAGUGUGCCGUUACUGCAUGCACCAGCGCCUCAAGGUGGAAACUGGGAAGUGGAAGCAGAUAAGCAAAUACUGUCCCCUUGAUCUCUACUCAGGAAAUAAGCAGAGGAUGCACUUUGCCUUGAAGAGCUUGUUGCAUGAGGCCCAGAACAACUUAAAGAUAUUUAAGAAUGGUGAGCUGAUCUAUGGCUGCACAGAUGCCCGCAGCCCUGUGGCUGACUGGACGGAGCUCGCACACCACCUGAAGCCCUUUUUCUUCCCUUCUAACGGCCUGGCUGGCGGGUCCCACUGCACGAGGGCUGUGAUCCGGGACCUGGUGCACGUCAUCACCCGGGUGCUGCUGAGCGGCUCCGACAAGGGCCGGGCAGGGACCCUGUGGCGGGGGCCUGGGCUACGGGGUCCCCGUGUCUGUGAAGCCAGCCCUUUCAGCAGGAGCCGCCAAGGAAAAAACAGCCCGGAGUGCUCGGGGUUACCGAAGGGCUGUCUUCUGUACAAAACCCUCCAGGUGCAGAUGUUGGACUUGCUGGACAUCGAAGGCCUCUACCCCCUGUACCGGCGGGUCGAGCGGUACCUGGAGGAGUUCCCUGAGCAGAGAAAAAUGUUGCAAAUAGAUGGGCCUUAUGAUGACGCGUUUUACCAGAAGCUGCUUGAUCUUUCCACUGAGGAUGACGGGACGGUGGCCUUUGCGCUGACGAAGGUGCAGCAGUACCGGGUGGCCAUGACUGCGAAGGACUGCUCCAUCAUGAUUGCGCUCUCCCCUUGCCUGCAGGAUGCGAGCUCCGAUCAAAGGCCUGUGGUCCUUUCAUCGAGAUCCAGGUUUGCUUUCUCUGUGUCUGUGCUGGACCUUGACCUCAAGCCCUACGAGAGCAUUCCUCACCAAUACAAACUGGAUGGCAAGAUAGCCAACUUCUAUUCAAAGACUGUACACGCCAAAGACACGGCCAUGAUGUCGCCCAGGUUCAAGGAGAGCGAGGACUGCACGUUAGUCCUCCAUAAGGUCUAAGCGCUUCCUUCGGGGUCUCGGAGCCUCGAACACACAAUGCGAGGGUUGGACGAGAGCGCUGUUCUGUUGUGCUGGGAGACCUCUGGCUGUGAACAUGGUUGCUGUUUAGCCCUUGUGCAGGCGGGACUGCGUCUGGGGGACCGGGAAUGGAAGGUCAGCAGACGCACCCUCCGGGAUGAGGAGGUGGGGGCUCGUGCGCCGUGUCCCCACCCCUUCCUCCCCACCUGGGGCUCAUGUUUAAUCUCUGAUGUCAAAGCCUUAAGACCCAAGGUUUGGCGCUCCUACCACCACAUGCUAACGUAGAAAACUUGAAUUGUCCCAUACAUCUUAUAGUUUGGACUUGAAGGAAAACAUGGAUACUACUGGACCUGUCCCAGCCGAGUUACGUGGUCACUGUUUUCUGUGCGAGCCUCUGGUCAGCACAGAUGUUGUGGGCGCUGUGCUGCCCACAGGCAGGUGGCUGGUGUGAACGUUGGUCCUGAGCUGUUGUGGACUCGGGGUCUCUGUGGAGGUGCCACGGCCACGGCUCUGCACAGGGUCAUCGGGGAGUGGGACUCAGGUCACGGGCAGACACCACUCACAUGAGCACUGAGUCUCUUUUUAGCUCAAUGAUUUUCUCUUUUACUUCAGUGGAGAUGAGGUGUUCCUGCCCCAGUGUGGUCGCUGCUGCCCAGAGCGGGGGUCAAGGCGACUCCACGCCAGGCGCUCUGGGUGUGCAGGGAGCCCCGCCGGAGCCAGUGUGAUGCAUCCCUGCUCCCUCAAGAUGAGUGACUUCUGGCUGGCACCAAGAGGGUUCUCGUUGGGGUCACCGUGGGUGUGCCCGGCUGCUAUGAAAACUGUGGGGAAUCUUGGCUUCGGUUUUUUAUUCCAUGGUAGGUUGUACAGAUUAUUUAUAUCAUCGUUUUGAGGGACUAAUGAAGGUUUAUUGUAACAUAAGAUUAUAAUAGUGAAACCACGGGAUUGUAUGAAAAUGCUACAUGAAAAAUAAUAUUUUGCUGAUUGUAAAUUUUUGUGGGGAAUUUUGUGAUAACUUGAGAAUUAUACUUGUUUGAAUCAAA